AAAAAAUACUGAUUGGCGUUUCCUAAAAUAGUCUUCUCCAAUUAUUUACAGAGCCUUUUCCUUAUGGUCGCCGUUGGGCUCUCCAUCCUCUCAUUCUGCUCAAAACCCUUUCUUUUCCGCCAUUGCAAUACACAUUAUUGAGCUUCAAUCCCGGUUUCCUCACAAGAGGGGGAGAGGCAAACCGUAAUAAAUACUCUUCUCCUCUAUUCUCUUCUCUCUCCGCAUUUUCAUGCCUUCUGCUGUCUUCCUGGCCUGUCCUCUCUUGUGCCAUUGUUCCACGAUUCAGGCAAUUCAAAGGCUCCUUUUCAGCUACGAUGGCAUCCUCAAUACCUCUCAUCUGAUUAUUUCCUGCUCCAGUAUUAGAAUAUGAAUGAUCCCGAGCUGCUUAUUUUUGGAUCAUUUACUGAAGAUGAGAUUAAAUCAUUGCGAAGCCCCCUAAAAAAGAAUGACGUGGAGAUUACAUUUGGCUCUUUGGAUUCUGCAACCCUAAGAUCUGUGGGUGUUUUUAACUCAAAUCUAACAAAAGUAGAUUCUUCUAAAAGGUUUCUUCCAUCCAAGGCUUUUAAUGAGGAAAGCUCCAUAAAUACUGCCAGCAGUACAGAUAAAACACCAAUAUCAGUAAGCUUCGUACAAGAAAAUGGAAGUGCUGGUGUUAUGGGUUUGAAUGGCCAUAGUACUGCCCAAGAAAUCAAACCCCGCAGUAAAGCACAACAUCCAUCAUUGCGAUCUAAAUGUGCUUCGAUUACAGGAAAUGAAUCACAUAUUAAUCCAGAUUCAGUUGAGAACUUGUCCACCUCUUUGAAUGGUAUAGCAUUGGAUGAGUUAUCAAAGGACAUUAAUUGCAGAAUAGCAUCUAUAGAAGCAUCAAAUGGGCCUGCUAAGGUAAUUAAUUAUUUGCAACCUCGGGGUCUGGUAAACUUGGGCAAUCUGUGCUUUCUGAAUGCCACCAUCCAGGCACUGCUUUCUUGUGCUCCAUUUGUUCAACUGUUGCAGGAACUUACAACCCGUGACAUACCACAGACUGGGUAUCCAACAUUACAUGCAUUUGUUGAGUUUAUCUCUGACUUUGAUAUACCACUCAAAUCAACUUCGAUGAAAAAAGAGAUGGUUGUUAUGGAGACUGGGAAGCCUCUCCGACCUCUGAUGUUUGAAUCAGUUUUGAAAAGUUUCACUCCAGAUGUCCCAAACAGCUUGACUGGCAGGCCAAGGCAAGAAGAUGCCCAAGAAUUCCUAAGUUUUAUUAUGCAUCAGUUGCAUGAUGAAUUGCUGAAGUUGGAAGAUCAGUUGCCAAAUGGUGUUGGAACAAACUCCUCUAUGGUGUCAUCAAUACACGUGGAUGAUGAUGAUGAUGAAAAUUGGGAAACCGUGGGUCCUCGAAACAAAACUGCAAUUACCAGGACACAGAGCUUUCUCCCUUCAAAAUUAAGUGAAAUUUUUGGUGGUCAGUUGAAGAGCAUUGUGAAGGCAAGAGGUCUUAAACCCUCAGCUACAGUACAGCCAUUUCUGCUGAUCCACCUUAACAUCUGCCCAGACCCUGUUUGUACAAUAGAAGAUGCCCUUCGACUCUUUUCUGCACCUGAGACUCUUGAAGGGUAUAAAACAUCAACAGAUGAGAAGGCUGUAGUGGUUGCCAGCAAGUCUGUGAAGAUUUUAAAGCUUUCUGACGUCAUGGUGUUGCAUCUGAUGCGCUUUACUUACGGAAGUGAAGGAAGCACAAAGUUGCACAAAUCUGUGCACUUCCCUUUGGAGCUUGUAUUUGGACGUGAUUUGCUUGCUUCUUCUUAUUCUGAGGGUAGUAGGAGGUAUGAACUGGUUGCGACGAUCACUCAUCACGGGAUGGAUCCCUACAAGGGACACUACACAGCAGAUGCACGGCACGCAAGUGGAAAAUGGCUGCGUUAUGACGAUGCUGCUGUUACUCCUAUCCCAACCAGCAAAGUGCUGCAUGAGCAAGCUUACAUUCUCUUCUACAAACAGCUGUAAUGUGUGUAUGAUGUUUCUACAGUUACCCAGAUGAUCCCUAAACAGCGAGGCAGUAGUUACCAGAUUAUGUCUUUUUGUACAUGUAUUUAUUUAUCUCGUUAGAAGGAAGAAAAAGAAACAAAAAUAGGUAACAAUAGCUAGGCGGAGCUGCAGAGGUAACAAUAUAGGAUUAUGUUUCCUUUUUAUCCGGUGUGUGCAAGUGGGAGGAGACUAAAUUAAAAUGAAAAUGAGAGUCCCCUGGUUAUUACACCCGGAGAUGCUAUUUAUUUAAAUGAAUUAGCUGUUUUAUUCCCUUUUGUUAUUUACUGCCUUCUCCUUCUGAAUUUCUGAUAUGAUGAUCCUUUUAACAUAAC